ACGCUACUUGGAGAGCGAACAUGACAUGCGCGUAAAAGUCUGGCUAGCUGGCUAGCAAAAACGCUCAGCUCGUUCCUUCAGCGCUUGAUUAGUUAUUUUAAAGAAUAUCGUUAUCCUGCUACUUGUGUCGAAUGUCUGUCUUUAAUGACAAUUUAACAUUUUUCUCAGUAGCGAUUUGACUGUCACUAUUUGACCUAAUCUGAUUAAGACAAUGUAGCUUGUGUGGGCUAACAGCAGACAGCUAGUUGACAAUGUUUUUGUAAACAGUGGCUAAUACUGCUGAAAGGUGGAGGUUACAUCCAGUGUAAAUGUAAGUCCGCUCACUCUCUUGUAGAAUUUUGUGUGUACCCUGGAAGUCUUGACAAAAGUAAAACAUGUCGUGUUUUAAUAAUUCUGUUUUCAUGAAAAACUACCCAAACCGGAAGUCUAAAACCACUAAGCGGAAGUGACAUCACCUCAACCCUUCAGAAGGUUUUGUUGAAUGCACUUAACCAAUCAGCUUUGUGGUCCAGUUGGAGGAUGAUCACCUUCAUCCUGAUGGUGAACCGCCAGGGUCAGACUCGUCUAUCCAGGUACUACCAGCCAGUCAAGCUCAGCCAGCGUGCGGCGCUGGAGGCCGAUGUGGUCCGAUGCUGUCUGAGCCGUAAGAGAGACCAGUGUUCCUUUGUGGAAUACAAAGACUUCAAACUGGUGUUCCGCCAGUAUGCUGCACUCUACAUCGUGGUGGGCAUCACAGAAGAUGAGAACGAACUGUCAGUUUAUGAGCUGCUGCAGAACUUUGUGGAAGUUUUGGAUAAAUACUUCAGCCGAGUGAGCGAACUGGAUAUCAUGUUCAACCUGGACCGAGUCCACGUCAUCCUGGAUGAGAUGAUCCAGAAUGGACACAUCGCAGAGACCAACAAGAGCAGCAUCCUGUCACCGCUCACGGCGCUUGAUAAGAUGACCGACGGUUGACGCCAACAGGAAGCCAGAUGGUGGCGUUCCAAACGAUGGAGGAACGAAAGUGACAUUAAUUACAUUUUUUUUCUUUGGAUGUCAUCCUUCUGGUGGCCAUUCCAAAAGAACAGGAGAUCAGUUUCUUGCUACUUUGCAAACAUUUUAAUGAUCUUUUUUUUUUUUAUUGGAGCAAACACGUUUGAAAAUAUCUGUUCAGUUCAAACUGCAACUUGAGUUAAAUAAAUGUUUAUAAUAUACAAAGAAAAUACAGGAAAUUUGUUUCUCUCUUCAAAUGUGCCUCGCACAUGACCAGUGUUUGUGUCUAUGGAAAGAACCAGCACGCACGCGCACACACACACACACAAA